CCCCGCCCGCCGCGCACAUACACACACACGCACACACACUGGCCGCAACAUGACGGCUAGGCGGACAGACUGACAGACCGGGGCACCGCCGCUCCGCACGGGAUUAUUCUCCCCGCGCCGGGGCGACGCAGCGAACCGGCGACCCAGCGGGGCGGGGGCGGUGCCGCGCCGCGCUGCCAGGAGGGGUCCCAGCCCCCGGCGGCAAAGGGCGAGCGCCUCGGGCGCUGGAGGAGCCCGGCCAGGUUACUUUAUUGGCUGUGGAGAACCACGGACCCUUUGUGCCCUGAUGGGGGACUCUGGAUCCAGACGAUCGACUCUUGUAUCUCGUUUGCCAAUAUUCAGGAGAAGUGUUAGCCGGAGACACGACUCCCUUCCUUCCUCGCCUUCUUCUGCUAAUGCCAUUGGUGUCCACACCUCCUCCCCAUCCAGCACGAACUCCAGCUCAGGGAGCACAGGAAAGCGACGGAGUAUUUUCCGCACUCCUUCCAUUAGCUUCCAUAACAAGAAAGGGAGUGAGCAGAAGCCUGACUCAGCGAGUCAAAAUGUUAAUGUCUCAAACGGUGCCCAGUUCUCUCUUAGCACUUUUCAAAAACUCAGCUUAGAUGAACACAUAAAAAGCAGAGGAAGGCAUUCAGUUGGCUUUGGCAGCUCACGUAACAAGAAGAUAACAAGGUCUUUGACAGAUGAUUUUGAAAAGGGAAAGGAGCCCUCAGCUAAUAAGAAUGUCUUUAUCAAUUGCAUAAGCUCUGGGAAAAAUGAGGGUGAUGAUUCAGGCUUUGCAGAAGAGCAAAGCCGAUACUCUGUCAAACAGUCCACACGAAAACUUCUCACUAAAUCUUUUUCGUCACACUACAAAUUUUCCAAACCAGUUCCUGAGAGUCAGUUGGUUUCCUCUGUGCAGCAGCCCAGGUGCUUGUUGGAAGUUAAAUCCUAUGUGGAAAGCGAACCUGUGAUGGCCAGGUCGUCUCCUCCAUGCUCGGCUGAGACGACGGAGUGCGUGGGCAGCUCCCUGCAGUCCCCGCUGCUCUCGGCUGACCUCACGGCUGCCCAGACCCCCUCGGACUUUGUCGCUCUGACUGAGGACUCUGUUUCAGAGGCUGAUCCCCUGCCCAGCAGUGGGCCUGGGGCAGCGCUCGCAGAGGAUUUUGGCCAUGAUGUCUCUACCUCUCAGAUCUUUUUUAAUCCUGCUGCUGCUGCUCCUACGAGGGAGACAGAUACUGUGCAAAGUAUUGGCCAUUCUGCUGGUGUAUCUCCUGUGAGUCACGCAAGCUCGUGCAGUGUGGAAUCCAGUACCUUAUUCAAAACCUCAGUUGCUAAUCAAGCGAAAGUACUGUUGCAAGCCAAUGGACUACAUAUUAAUGAUGCCAGGCAUAUAGAAAAAAAUAACUCAGAAAACGCACAUUUAGGAACCUUGACGUUACAGCAUAGUGAAGAACCAGUGACACUCUCUCCAAAGGCAUGGGGGUUGAGUGGGAGCAGAGAUGAAAGCACGCCCUCCAAGCACAUGAGAGACACAAUUCCUGUAGUGGAGUCUAAGCCUGUUCCAUGUUCUGAACCUCAGUCCUUUAAAACACAACAGGGUUAUGAAUCAAACCAUCCUAAAGUUAAUCUUGCCAAUAGCCUCAGUCCGUACCGGGAAGGCAGAUUUGUUGAGAAACGACUGAGGUCCUCUUCAGAAGGUACUGCUGGGGGCAGCCGCCUGAUCAUAAAACCAAAGGAUGGAAACGAAGAGGAGCUUAACAGCCUACGGAAGCAGAGAGCAAGCUCAUCCUCUUCCAAAAUGAACAGUAUGGAUGUUUUGAAUAACUUGGGUUCCUGUGAGUUGGAUGAAGAUGACUUAAUGCUUGACUUGGAGUUCCUGGAAGAGCAGCAUCACCAUCGUUCUGUGUGCCGGGAGGACUCAUACCAGUCAAUAGUCUCAUGUGCUGCUGUAGUACUUACCCCUGUAGAGACGACAGUGGAUACAAGGAAAAAAGAACAGAUGAUCAUGCCUGAUGUGUCCAAACAGAAUCUAUCCCUGAAGCUGUCGAAGGAGGUGGAGCAAGGAGAAGCCAGGUACCCUCGUGUUAGCCAGCUGGCUGGCAGCCCAUCUGUGGAAUGGCCUCUCACUGGUCUGGAAGAAGGUGGAGGCAUUGAGUCUCUGCCCUUCAGGUUGAUGCUCCAAGACUGCACAGCUGUAAAGACAUUGCUUCUGAAAAUGAAGAGGGUUCUUCAAGAGAGCACGGACAUGAGUCCAGCUAGUAGCACAACCUCCCUCCCUGUUAGCCCCCUUCCUGAGGAGCCGUUAUUUUUCAAGGAUGGAAUAAAAGAUGAAUGCUCAGUGCUGAAGCUGCAGCUGAAGGAGAGAGAUGAACUCAUAGCCCAGCUUCGGGAGGAGCUGGAAAAGGCUCAGUGCUUUCAGAGGGCUCUUGCUUCCCAAGCAGAUAAAUCCACGCAGACAGAACUCGUAGGCCAUGAUACUACAUAUCCAGUCAGAAUGGUGAGCCAAAAUCUCAGCACAAGGGACAGAAAGUCAGCACAUACUCCCACCGAGGACCCUUUUAGACGCCUGCCAGGCAACCAAGCAGCAGCCUAUGAAAGCAAGAGCUGUCAGCUGUCUAAUUUGUGUCUGAGCAGCCUCCUGAAAGAGAAGGAGAUCGUGGAAGUCAUCAAGCACACCCGAGGCACGUACGAAACCCUGGCUUCAGAGGUCACCCAGAACGGUUUGGCUGUCACAGCCCCCAGUACAGCAAAGCCAGCAUCCAAGGCCGACGGCUUCCCCAUGUUCUCAGGAGCUCCCAAAGACCAAACUGCUGUGCCUCGGCAGCACAGCACCUUCACAGGGAGACUGGGACAGCCCCCGAGGGGACCCAUCUCUUUACACAUGUACAGCAGAAAAAACGUUUUCCUCCACCACAAUUUACACACGGCAGAGCUACAGACUUUAGGUCAACAAGAUGGCUAACAAGGUGCUUAUUUUCUUGCCAUGGAGGGAGAGUUAAUUAAAGAGGGAUGUAAGCUCGCCUAGAGCUCUGUCUUCAGUUCUCUUCUGUUGCUACUUUCAUGUGAAAAAAAAAUAAAAUAAAAAUUUGACAUUGUCUGUAGGUUCCAUAUUUUCCCACCUUAGACUAAGGCAAAAGGAUGAAUGAGAUUGUUCAACAACUGGGCUGAUUUGUCAUGCAGAAGUCACCAUGGGUUUAAUGAAUGGGACCAUUUGGCUGGCACUGCUAGGCCAAUAUUGGCUAAAUAUAUUUUUUCCCAUCUAUAAGUCACUAUCAUUCCCUAAAGUUCUAGAAGAUGAUCUUAAAUAAUACCUGUAUGUUUAAUAAUAUUACUGUUAAAGUAGAUGUGAAGAAUGAAUAGGUAAGUAAUUAGUAAACCCUCUUGAAUUUCAUAGAGAUUAGGGAAAUAAGGAGCCAGAAAUCUUUAGGACCCUCUUUUUUACACUUUUUUUUUUUUUUUUAAAAUAUGGUGAAAUGUGGUCACUUACAGAGUGUUACCACUUCCUGAUGUUUGUUUCAUGAGUGCCUCAUGCCAGAAGUAGAGGAAGUGACUGAUUUUCCUCUAACAGGUUCAUAGAGAGUCGCCAUGUAUUUGAGUCAAUAAUUGGGUCCCAAACUGAGGAUGUCAGCUUGUUUCCUCAACCUUCCCUUCCCUCUUCACACUUCUAUUUAACUACAUUUCUUUGAGUGUUUCUGUUCUAUGGGGACGUGUCAAGUUGUGGUGAUCUUUGUGCUUUACAGGCACUGUGGCACUCAUGAUGCAAUGUGACAUUCUGCUGUGUAAUGCAUCCUCUAAUUUCAUUUCACUUCCCAACCCAAAAAUGACUGAAAGACUAAAGUAAGAGAAAUUGUCUUAUUACCCAGGCUAUAUGACCUGCCUACAUCUUAUUUUCUGUGGGCUGUGUUGUCUGCACUUCAGGACCUGUUGGUUUACACCAGCUCAGUGGGUUUUUUAGUCUUGACACGUUGCAGACAAGUGAGAUUAAUUUACUGUCUGGUCUCACGGGAGCAUGAAAUCAUCCGACCACACCACAGAACUUGAAGAGCUGUUGGUAGCAUAAGAUCCGGUUUUCCCCUCUCAAGGCUUGGAAACAUCUCAGUCCAGUUACUCCAAACAUGUGGCGUGUAUGAAACAUGACACUUGGUUUACAACCUCUCUGAUGCAGGGUAAUCUGUUUGAGUUGUAAUGGCACAUGCAGUUAGUAGUUUAUAAAUGAUCUGGCAUGUUUAAGUACGAUUGAGGCAGAUCUGAGACAAGUCACCUCUCUCUUUAACUGGGGAUUAAUAAGGGAAGCCAUGGGAGCAGCACGUUCUCACACACAGAAACAAGCCAUUGUGACUUAACAGAGAUGGCAUAUAAUGAAAAAUAAAGCAUCUGUAGCCACUCAAAAUCUGUAACUUUUAAAAGGUAAGUCACAUAGAGUGUAUGAUAUGAAUUAAAGAUAAAAUUUUACCUAGUGUUAAAUGUAUCUGCUUCACUACUUAAUGUUUGGAUUAAUACAAGGAAAUUGUAUUAACAAAUCUUGCUUAGAUAAAGAAAAAAAUAAGCUAUGAGCUUGGCAGAUAUUCCGUAAAGCAAUUUCAGCAGCCUGAAAUUUCAGGCUUCUGUUUAUCGAGGAUUUUAUUUUGCUUAGAGCAGAUUUUAUUACAUUAUCUGAUGUUGAAGAGAGCAGGUUUUGUCUAAAUAUUCUGUAGUGAUAAUUUUGGGUAUCCAAAGAUGGAUACAUAAGAACCAAGACAAAUAUUUGCCAAAUUUCUUCAUGUUCAUGUGUGCAUUGCUACUGCCAAAAGAGAAUGUGCAAAAAUUGCAAACACAGCUUUACCGAAUUAACUGUGGAUAUUCAAGACUCCCAGUCCUGUGUUGAAACUCAUAAUUUAAAAGUCUACCAAACAAGUUAAAAAUAGUAAUAAGAUAAUUUCACUACUCAGAAUCACUUUUUCUUCUUAGCAAUACCUUAAAGUCAUGGUAGAUUGAAAGGACAGUUAAUUCUUACUAACAAUUCAUUUCAGUAUUGCUCACCUCAAGAGCUGAAGUAUGCAAUUCAAUUUCAGAUCUGUAAAUAAAUUAAACAUACACUGUAAUCAAGGAAUUUUUUUCCAGGACAUAAAUGUACUGUACUACAUUAAAAAAAAAAAAACAAAACACAAAACAAACCCCAAUACCCUCUUCACUUUUAGGUUAUGUAUUGUAUCUAUAGUUGUUUUUUUCCUGGGAAAAUGGACUUUUGGAUUACACUUUAUUAAAAAAAUCCAUCUAUAAACUUCAAAAAUAGGACUUUAAAUGCUACUAUUUUCUUGGAGAAUCUUUUAUAGAGCUGAAACUUUAAAAAACUGGAAAAAAAACAGUUCAAAGUGAGGGAUAUUUUUAAAAUGUCAUCUUGAAGCUGUUUUGUAUCAGUAUUUUCAGCAUUGCUAUGUUAUUUGUAAUACUGAGUGUAAAUCUCACCCAGAGAAGGGUGUUAGCCACAUGUUAAUGUACAGUACAGCAGUAACUGUAAAACAGAGGUCCUUUGUUUGAUCCUCUUGUGUAUAUAGUAAAUCAUAAAGCAACAGCAUGUGGACAAUCUUGCAGUGAAUUGAUUCCUUUGUACUAAAAAUCUCUAGUUUUUUAAGAGUUCCAUGUACAAAAUGAUUUAUACAUUUCUCCAAGGCUGUACAUAUCCAAAGACAUGACACCGGGGGAAAAGGCAUUUAUUGGGUUUUUUUCCAUUGAUGUACCUUUCUUCCUGUCUUUUUUUUUUUUUUUUUUCCUCUUUCUGUACAACAAAGCAUAACUGCAAAGUUUCUGCUUAAAAUUACUUGUUAGUUCCCUGUCUUUCAGUGUCAUAGAGGGCAUUUUAAGGAGGAGGAAAUCCCCAAAGAAAAGCUGUUUCCAUUUGAAGCAGUAUCCGUCCCAUUUUUUUAAAGCAAUCAUUUGGCAAAAGAAACCUUAGAUCUAUGUCCUAAAUAUUUUUUUAGUAAUUUAGCAGAGCCACACCUGAAAUGGCUUAUCAUCAGCUCUAGACUUACCCUGACUAGGACAUGUUUAUAAGAUACAGUAACACGCUAGGGCCAGCCCUGGUCAUAAAUUCUUGAGAUGGAAGGAAAACACUUGUCCAGAACUGGUUUUGUUUGGCUUUCAGAGCAGUGGAAAGGUUUUUUGUAUACCUUGUGCAUGUGAAUGAAGCUCAAGCUGUGUGCUUGGGCAUACUGGAAAGAGACGUCUUAGGGAAAAACUCUCCUCUAUUUAGGCUAUUUAGCAGCAAAUGAAAACAUCCAGCAACAUAAAUUUCUGCCACCUUUCCAGACAGGCCAGCCCUCUGUAUGCAAAAUUAAACAGCCAGAUUAGAUUCCUUUACUUCAAUCCAGGCUCUUACUGGUUUUUAUUCCACAGACCUCCACAUAAAUGUUAGAAGGGCUUUCCUUAUGUGGUUUUUUUUCUGGAAAUUGUGAAAGGAUAUAUAUCCAGACUAAGAUCCAGACUAAGUGAUGUCUAGAUAAGCAUUUGAAAGCUUACCAAAAUGUUCAUGUUUGUCCUACAGGUUCAUUACAGUCAUUACAGGUUUGUUACCAAUAAAUACUGCUGUUUUUCCCUUUCCCAAAAGCCAGUUUGAAAGUAAUGAUUUCUUUACACUGUUAAAUACAAAGUAUGCUCUGCAAAAUAAUAAAAAUAAGGUAUUUAUUUACAAAUCAGUACUGUAAUUUACGUGCCCUAACAGUUGUGCCAUAUCUACACUGGUUUGAUUGGUAUGAGGUUGAUUAGAUUAUGCCGAGUUAAGUCACCUGAUGAUUGAUAUUGUGGCCUUUAAUCCAACUAGUCUUGGUUUAUGCAUAGGAGAGCUCUGAAUCUGGAAAUAUUUCCUGGUUCACAAAAAAGACUAGAAAAUAUUUAAUCUAACAAAACCACCAGAUCAUGAUCUAUGGUAAAUGCACUUUUUUCCCUCCUUCACAUUCAAAAGCAAAAAAUUCCUGCAAGUCCCUUUGUAUCUCUACAUAGUUCAUAAAUGAAGUAGAGUAACAGCUAACAAAAUGCAAAAUCUUGAAAUAAAUACCUAGAGAAAAAAAUCCAUGGGAGUCUUCUCACAGAUCUUUGUAAAGUUGAUGUUUGUAAAGAUGUUGGUAAGUUCUGUAUCUGAGUGCACUAAUGAAUGUGUUCUAUGGCCUCUACUGCUCUCAAUCUGAUGAUUUUUUUCAGGGGGAGAAUUUGCUGUUUGAAGCUUGUUCUAGACAAAGCAGGCAGUACAGUGUGAGGAAGUACAUUGAAAGUAACUGUGGAGGUCUUCUCCCAGCUUGGGGAAGCACACAGCAUCAUUUCCAGGAGGUAUCUUAGUGUUCUUUAGCCAGCAAGAAGUUGAGAGAGAUUCCUCAGGAGAGCAGCCUCAAACCAUGCAGACCAUGACUGCCUUUAAAUGGACUUCAACAUGUUCUAUAUAAGGCACUUCUAAAAUCAUAUGGAAAUGUCAGCAGCUGCAGAACACACCUUGCUGGCUUGUUGGGGGGUUUCUUUGAGAUAAAAGUGCCAUGUGCUGGUUUUAACCUUGUAAAGGAACUUGCUUGCUCACUGGUGAUCUGCCCAGGAUGUGGGAGUUUCUCUGCUGUAAGGGAUAUGAUACUAACUCUUCACACUGUAAAGACACUGGAUAUCCUCUCUGAAGAGCUUGAGAUUUGCAGUGUAUUUUCAGUCUAGGAGAAGUAUCUGGAUUAAAUUAUCUUCUUCUUCAAGGAUCUUGAAGUCAGUGGAAAAGAAACUUGCUUAUUGAAGUAUUUUGGAAAGAUGUUGUGGUUAAUCUUAUUUUAAAAUGCACUUAGAAUUUAUCUCCCUGUAUCUAAACACAUGAAAAAAACCCAAACUUUUAUCAGAAUAAAUUUCCCAUAAAUCUGAGAUUCUCAUUAGCCACAGCUGUCACUUCCAUUCUGUACAGCUGUGAAACAUUUUUGGAUUUGCUGGUUUUGUUGCCUUCAUUACCUGCAAAUCAUUACCCCUAGUUCUGGGGUUUUUGGGCCAUCAAUCCAGUACUUGAAACACACAGGGAGGGCUGUUGAGGAUUUCUGUGGAAGUAAUCCUGGUGCUCUGAAAGCAGGGCAACAAGAAACUUGCCUGAAGGUCUCUGUGUGUUUCCUGGGCAUGGAAAACCUUUUCUUAUUAAUUUUAACUGUGAAGGAAUUGUGAGAAUCUGAUGGAUGUGGCAAGUAGCAGAUCGGUUUUGUUUCUAAAUCCACAUAGAGGUUAUAGAACAGAAAAUACUCCACUGAGAAGAUUUUUCUUGUGGGCAAAUAGUACCUCCUUAUAUUCUGUAUCAUGACCAUUUCUGUGUCUCUGGAUUUCAGGAACAUUUCCCUUAGGUAUGGAGUUGUGAUGACUAACAGGUUGCACCACGGUGUUACUUCUGCUAUGAGAAGGCUCCUCUGGAUUUUUUUUUUUUUUAUUUAAAAUAUGUCAUCAUUAAAAUGUUUUAACAUUUUCCCCCAGAACUGCUGUGCUGCUGGUGUAGUAAAAAGCAGUGCAUUCACAGAAAAUGUCCCUUUUCCAUCUGGGAAGGCUGUUGGUGAGCUGAAGUCACAGCUGACUUACAUCUACACAAAAACUGUCAAACUUACUUAAGCACCUACAUAAACAAAUACCUUGCCAGGUUUGAGCCCUCUUUUGUCACACUGAAAAAGCCCUAAUAAUGCAUUUUUUAAAUGCAUAUGGAUAUCAACAGUAGUAGUAGAAUUUUAAUUGAUUUUCAAUUUUCCAUUAUGUCAUUGCACUUUAUAUGAGGGUUUAGUGUGAACAACACACUGGCUUUUAUUUUUUUAUAACCUAAACUUGAUUUCAACAGGGUUCAGAAUUCUCUACUAUCUAAGCAUGUAAGCAAUCCCAUAAAACAGUCAAAUUCCUCUUCUUUAAAAAGCUAAAACACAAGUAAAUAAUAUUUUUUCCAACGUAAACAAUUUCAUUCAUAUUUAUUGUUUGAAAGGUACAAUGUAUAAAAAGUAUUCUUACUUAUAUCUAAAUAUAAGUACGUUUCAAACACCCCACAAAGUAGAAAAGAUAAGAAAGUACCUUAAUAUUAAAAUCACUUGUCCAGCUAUACCACUAGGCUUUGUUUUCCAAAUCAUUAAUUUCUUUUUAAAGAAAAUCUAUUUGUUUUCCGUGGUUAAGAGUGUGAAAAACACAAAGUGUUUUAGUACAUGCUCUACAGAAUGUGUGGAGAGAUGAUCAAUAUCACAAGGAGAAUAUAAGCAAUCAAAGUCCUUAAUCAGUGAUGCAUCUGAUGUUUUUUAAGCAAGAGGAUCAACAGGAUAUAAAAAUCUGUGUAAGAGGAGAACAGAUGUUUUGUUGCUCAGAAAACUCUAAUGGAAGGGUAAAGGCUGAUGGAUUAAUAGCUCUUUUUCUGUUCCAGGGCUGGUGGUGCAGAGCCAUUUGCUGUGAAAUAACACUGAAGCAAUAUUUAUAAAGUAAAUCUAUUGGAAUAAUAAGAAAUGAGAUAAAAUGGUCGUGUAACACCCCAAAGUAUGGUUAAGGGUACUUCCAUAAUUUGAUCAAACAGCAUCUGAGUGAAUUUACAUCUUUUUAUUACCAGGGUAUUAUCUUUAUCUGAAGGAUAAUUGUAAGUGGAACAGUGCAAUUUGCAUUCUAACAUAGAAACAAUUCAGACAAAAAAAUUUAAAAGAUUCUAUCUCUAAAGCCUUGCACUUUGUACAGUCUUCUCUAACUAUCUGAAGUAGUUUUAUGUAAUUUUAUUUCAUGCAGCUGUGGUACUAAAUGCCCUUAUGUUGGGUAACAAGGAGAAAACAUUGAAGAGAGAGUCAUGACCCCGACCCUACAUCAAGAGCUGCACUUGGUUAACAGGGUCAAGGGUUUGGUUUUCCUUUCCAAUAAAGGAUCAGGAUUCUUGUGAGAAAACCUUUGUACAAACGUCUCCACAAGCAGCUUGGCCUAUGUGAAUUUCACACUGGUUAGGGGAAAAUUAAAAUUUUAAUUAAAAAAAGAUGUUUACAACUCUGACUAUUUUUGAAAAUAUGUUCUUUAAUACUGCUGAAGGCCAUUAGGGGGCUUUGGGCAUUUUUCUGUAAACAAAAGUGUUCUGUUUCAUGUAUUAAAAUUGGAUAUUUUAUCUGAUCAUUUCCUCAUUGUGAACUUGUCUGUGAAUAUCCUGCUGUCCAGGAUGGAGUUUUUCAAAACUACUGACCACUAUAAAAAUUAAAUGACUAAUAAGACAUUGAAUUUUGUAUUCUGUGCUGCUAAACACCCAUGUAAUUUUAAUAACAGUACACAGCAAGGCUAUUUGUUAUAUACUACUGAAAUUAAUUUUUUAAAUGUAAUUGGCAGUACCAUAGAGAUUACUUGAAUUAGAGACUUUAGAAGAGCAACACAGAUGAGAAAAGGAGGAGAAUAUUAACUUGAAGGUUAGGUAUAUGUAAUGCACUGCUGAAGAGUGUUAAGAGUGAAGAUCUAUGGGAGACAAGAUAAAGUUUUUUCACUGAACAGACUGCAGUCAGUCCAGGAUCACUUUGCUGAUUUAGAUGGUAACUUAGAUUUAAAAGGAAAGAAAAGAGAAUAUUUUUGCUAAGAGAUAACACACAAAGGCAACCUAAAAAUCAACUUGGAGCAGAAUUUGCAAUAGUGAAGGUAUUUGCCUCAAGGUGUGGUCUGAAAAGAAAACUGUAAAUUAUAUCUAAGUUCUGAUUCAACAAGUUCAUUAGUGAUUUUAAGUGAUUUUACUCUACAAAGCCAUGAUUGGUUAAACUCAUUGUUAUUUAGCAGGCAAAUACUUUGUAUUAUUUAAGAAUUGCCAAGGCAUAACCCUAACCUUUGACUUUAGUACCACAGUACCACAUAUCCUCUGAUUUUUUUUUCUUUUCUGUUCUUUUUUUAAUUUUUUUGAGGUUUUGUAACUUCUGUGCAAUAAGAAUAUGAUUGUUUCAAAUUCAGUUGUUUUGCACUGACUGAAAGAAGUUACAUAGCCUUUAGACGAGAACACUGUUCUCUCUGAAGAAUAUCAAGCAGCAUUCUGUUGGUUUUGUAAAUCAGAUUACUGGCUAAAUAAUUUCUGUGGAUUACUCUGAAGAGUUAUGGCAGUUUGUAAAACAGUACUAUGGGAUUCUAUUGGUAUUAUUCAAUGGUCAUUUGUUUGUUCCUGAUUUUAGUUGGCAUUAUUUCUCCUUCUAUGUUUUAUGGAAAGAAAUGUUAUUUUUGAAUAUUUGUAUGGACUUUUAACUUUAAACCUUAUUGUAGAGAUGCACAUUCAUAUAUUUCCCUAUUUGAAAUGAACAUGAAGGGCUCUUACAGUUUUGGUUUUUUCUUUUCAUGCUGCCAAAAGAUAAUUUGUUAAUAAAAAUCCUGUGUUCUAUGAUGA